GCUUUUCGAAACACUUCCAGCGCGACAAAACUAUAGGUACAUUUGUCUGCUUAUCGCUCUCCCUGUAGCAUCUGCUAAAAGGUCAAUAAGGAAGGGCACACUUGUAUUCUAUGAACAAGCUAGCCUUCCUCACUCAAGAAGCACCGCCCAACUAUGUCGCUGGUAUUGGACGUGGUGCAACAGGCUUCACCACACGCUCUGAUAUCGGACCUGCUAGAGAAGGGCCUACAGAGGAAGUCCUCCAAGCUGCAAUUGAAGCUCAGAAGAAAGCGCAAGCUAAUGGCGAUCUCGACGGUGAUGAGGAAGAUCGGUUUGCCGAUCCAGAGAAUGAGACUGGCUUGUUUGCGAAUGGACCAUACGAUGCUGAGGAUGAAGAGGCGGAUCAGGUGUUUGAUAAGAUUGAAGAUAUCAUGAUGAACAGACGGAGGCGGAAACAACCAGUCCGGGAAGAGGAGGAAGAACGCAAGUACGACAAGAAUGGCACAUUACUCCCACCCAUUGCCUCGCAAUUCACAGAUUUGAAGCGAGGCUUGUCGAGUGUCACUGAUGAUGAAUGGGCCAAUCUACCAGAAGUGGGAGACUUGACCAAAAAGAAUAAACGGCUGAAACAGCAAGACAAGGAGACUCGCUUCUAUGCUGUUCCUGAUAGUGUUCUUGCCGGCACUCAACGAACAACAGAACUCGAGACGAGUAUUGGUACAGAAACAAAGGCCGAAGGUACGAGCUCAGUGUUUGCCGAUCUUGCAUCUGCCAGGGAUAAAGUGCUAGCCAUCAAGCUUGAUCAAGCAUCCCUGAAAGAAGGCACAACCACUGCAAUUGAUGCGAAAGGCUACCUAACAGGCCUAGACACACAAGUCUUACAAUCUUCUGCUGAGAUUGGCGAUGUGAAAAAGGCGAGACUCUUGCUCAAUUCUGUCACGUCCACCAAUCCAAAACAUGCUCCUGGCUGGAUCGCGGCUGCUCGACUAGAGGAAGUAGCGGGUCGUCAAGUACAGGCACGUCAACUCGCUGCAAAAGGAUGCGAGCACUGUCCCUCAAACGAAGACAUUUGGAUCGAAUCUGCUCGCUUGAAUGGCACAGACAAUGCAAAACGUAUUCUCGCCCAAGCAAUCACCUAUCUUCCAGAAUCCGUCAAGAUCUGGGUACAAGCCAUGCGUCUUGAGACUGAAACAAAGGCCAAGAAAAGGGUGAUGCGGAAGGCCUUGGAAUUUGUGCCAACCUCUGUUCGUUUGUGGAAAGAAGCUGUGGGUCUCGAAGACAACCCUGCAGAUGCCAGACUCUUACUCGCUCGAGCAACAGAACUCAUCCCACUCUCUGUAGAGCUUUGGCUUGCUCUUGCACGGCUUGAAACGGAAGAGAAUGCACGCAAAGUUCUCAACAAGGCGCGAUCCACCAUUCGUACAUCUUUCGAGAUUUGGGUGGCUGCAGCACGUCUCGAAGAGCAAGCACAAAAUCAACAACGUGUUGCCGUUGUCAUGCAACGUGCCAUGAAUGAAUUACAACGCUACGGCGGUAUGCUAUCUCGCGAGCAAUGGAUCGCGGAAGCUGAAAAGAACGAAGCAGAUGGCGGUGUCUUGACAGCACAAGCGAUCAUUCGUGCGUGCAUGGACCUAGGCGUUGAUGAUGAAGAUCGUGCAGAGACAUGGAUGGACGAUGUCGAAGGCGUGAUUGAACGCGAGCAUCCAGAAACAGCGCGUGCCAUCUUUGAACAUGCCUUGUCUGCUCUACCGGAACGGGCGGAUAUUUGGCGCAAAGCAGCAGAUUUUGAAAAGGCGCAUGGAACAACGGCGUUGUUCUUUGAGGUUCUCGACAAAGCCUGUGCUGCGUGUCCACAGGAUGAAGUACUCUGGCUGAUGUACGCCAAGGAUUUGUGGCUUCAUGGCGAUCUCCCGAAAGCGCGAGCAGUCUUGGCUCGGUCAUUCGAGCAUAAUCCAGACAGCGAGGAUAUAUGGCUCGCAGCAGUCAAACUUGAAGCAGAGAAUGGUGAGAUGGAACGUGCCAAGAUGACACUCCAGCGUGCUCGUGAGGAGAGCGGAACAGAGCGUAUCUGGAUUCGGUCUGCAGUCUUUUGGCGGCAACAAGGUGACUUGGCUGAAGCACUACGCUUAGCGGAAGAAGGCCUCGCGACAUAUCCAACGAGUGCACGGCUAUGGAUGAUUCAAGGACAAAUUCACGAACGCACAGGAGAUUUGUCACGAGCAAGAGAGACAUAUGCUCAAGGCGUGCGGCAAUGCAAGCAAUCUGUGCCGCUUUGGAUCCUCGCCUCGCGCCUGGAAGAGCACGACAAGAAGCUCAUCAAGGCGCGUGCAUUGCUCGACAGAGCUCGACUUGCCAAUAAGGCGAAUGAAAGACUCUGGCACGAGUCUGUCAAGUUGGAGCUCCGCGGUGGCUUCGAGACGCAAGCGCGUGCAUUACUAUCGAAAGCCCUUCAAGAAUGCCCUCGAAGUGGCCUUCUUUGGAGCGAGCAGAUUUGGCAGGAACCCAAGACGAAGCGGAUACCAAGAGCCACUGAUGCGCUACAUAAGUGUGAAACCGAUCCAUACCUGGUGUGCACCAUUGCACGCAUCUUUUGGUCUGAUAGAAAGCUAGACAAGGCCAAGAGCUGGUUGCAAAAGGCCAUCAAGGCAGAUUUGGACAUCGGCGAUACUUGGGGCUGGUUCUACAAGUUCUUGACUGAGCGGGGUGGUGAAAGCAUGGAAGCCGAGGUGGGUGACCUCUUGCAGCAGAUGGACAAGGCAGAUCCACACCAUGGUUUGCUUUGGCCGGAGAUUGCUAAGCGUGACGAGAACAUCCGUAAGUCGAGGCAUGAAUUGCUUGAUGUAUUUAGCCAAGCUGUGACCGUGGUACCAUAGAUGUGACGCAUA